AUGUAUUUGAAAUUAGGAGAACAAUCUAUUGAUAGAUCAAAUCAAAUUAAUCCUAGAUUUAUGCUUUAUGGUAUUAUAAUAUAUUUUUAGAUUCAAAAUAGUAUCACAGUUAUAGCUACGAAUGAAAAUUAUAAAGAGUUUAAGUAUAUACAUACUUUAACAAAGGUUUUGGUUGGCAUUUUUAUCAACACUAUCAAGGUGGUUUAAAACAAUAAACCUUUUAUAAAAAUUAGAAAGAUGAUAAGUAGCUAGCUUGAUAGCAAGCUUGCGAAACUGGAAUCUUUAAAAAUGCUAUCAAAACUUUGCUGA